AAAAGAUUGACGUGGAGGAAAAUUUUCACUGUUUGUUACCAUAGUAACCUAAUAGAAAGAAAUCACCAGAGCCUUCAAUUCAGCUGAAUGACCAAUCAAUUGGAAAAACAGUUAAAUUGAGAGAAACUAAAUCGAGGAAAAAUGAUUUCAUUUCUAGCUGAACUUCAAUAUUUCUCCAUUUGUUGAGGCCGGUGAUGGAUCCGUGAGCUCUCGAUGGGAAGAGUGGAAGGAGCAAUUUGUGGCAUAUCUUUUGCUAAAAGAAGUUGAUAACCACAAUGAGAUGUACAAGGCUCUCAUGUGCUUCGGAGGUGCAGAUGUACGGAAAAUCGCGAAAACGGUUUCAGUGAAAGAUGACAACGUGAUGGAUAACCCAUACCGGGCAGCGAUUGAUGCUCUCGAUAAUUAUUAUUCACCCCGCAUGUCGCUACGGUAUGAGCGAUUUAAAUUUCGGCAGCUGCAAUUCAAUCCAAAAGAGAAGCUCGACCAGUUCCUAAUUCGGUUGCGGACGCAAGCGGAACUUUGCAACUUUGGAGAGCAAACGGAGAAUAUGAUCAUGGAUCAAAUUGUGUGUGCUACGCAGCACGAUGACAAGCUCAGGGCGAAGUACCUUGAAGCUGAUACUUCUCUUGACGAUAUGCUAAAGAUUGGUCGAACAUACGAAUCAGUCAACAAACAGGUGCAAGAAUUCCGAAACACAUCCAGCGAACCUUCAGAACUUAACAUCAUGAAUCGUGCGUCCAGUGUAUCAACCAAAUCCUCGAGUCAGAACUGCUCAAGAUGUCUCCGAAACCACCACUCAACCGAUCCGUCCUGUCCUGCGAAAACAUCGAGGUGCAACAAGUGCAACAGAAUUGGACAUUUCGCACGCUGUUGUAAAGGAACUUGGAAAAGCCGUGUUACCAAAGUGAAGACCGUCAACAACGAUAGAGGCCUGGAGUUGGAGAGGAAGCCAAAGUUCAUACGGGAGAUCGACGAUGUCACGAAGGAUGUAGAAAUUCGCGAAUUGUUCCACUUGGAGGGUAAACGUACUGUAGCUGCUGUUGUUGGUGGCGUUAAUCUCCGUUUCAUCGUCGAUACCGGAGCAGAUGAAGAUGUUCUGGGUAUUCAGGAUUGGAAUACAUUGAAACGAACGGGAUUCAAGGCUUUCGCUAUCAAGAAGGGCAGCGAUAAAAUCUUCCGAGCAUACGGCACAAGGACUCCGUUGGUCGUACUUGGUGAAGUUGAAGCAGAAGUGGAAAUCGGUGGAACAUCGUGUAUUACAACCUUCUUCGUCAUCCAAGAUGGAAGAUGUUCACUACUAUCCGGGAAAACAGCAGAGAAAUUAGGAGUAGUGAAAUUUCUCCGAGCAGUCACGCCUGCCAUGUCCUGCAUCAAAGGUGAGGUUGACAAUGUUUAACUUUUCAUUUUAAUGUUUGUACAACAAUAACACUGAAUUACAUUACCUUAACAUUAUACUCAGAUGUAUGUGCUACUAAAAAAAUAGACAAAUCAAUUCCGCCAGUCAGACAAGCUUAUCGACGAAUUCCUAUUCCACUUGAAGAGCUCACUCUUCUAAAAUUUAAAGAAUUAGAAGAACAUGAUAUUAUCGAAAGAGUUCACGAGGCAUCAGAAUGGGUAUCACCCAUGCUUGUCAAGCGUAAAAGUGCAACGGAGGUCAGAAUUAUCGUAGAUUUGCGAGAAGCCAACAAGGCCAUCGUUAGAGAGGUGCAUCCUUUGCCCACCUUUGAACAAAUGAUUUGCCGUUUAAGAGGAAGUCGUGUAUUUUCAAAGUUUGACAUCAAACAAGCUUUUCAUCAACUAAUGCUUCACGAAGAUUGUCGGUAUAUAACAACCUUCAUAUCACCUCUUGGGCUGAUGCGUUACAAGCGGCUGAUGUUUGGAUUAUCUGCUGCCCCUGAAAUUUUUCAAAAAUGCAUAGAAUCUAUUUUGGCUGACUUUCCUUGGAUAAUAGUAUUCAUUGAUGAUUAUGAUUCACGCUCCAAAUGAAGAAAUUCUUAAGGUACUAUUUUUUACAGUAGAAAUAAAAUCCUGCAUACUAUUAACAUCAUUAUUUUUAGCACCGAACCAAACUUGUCAAAGAACGUCUAAUGGAGCGUAAUAUCAUUCUGAAUGAUGCGAAAACUGUAGAGUGCACUAGAUCAUUAGAAUUUCUUGGAUUCAAUUUAUCAGCACAAGGAGUAUAAGUCUCAGCUGAAAAAGUGGCUGCCAUAACUAAAUUCCGUGAACCUAGAACAUCUGAGGAAGUGCGCAGUUUUCUAGGUCUAGUCACAUUCGUUAAUCAGCACAUUCCACAUUUAUCAACUAUUGCAAGUCCUUUGAACGCAUUAAUAAGGAAAGGGAUAAACUUUGAAUGGACAAAUAUCCAUCAGGAAGCUUUUGACAAGUUGAAAACAUGUUUGCAGAAAAAUGAAACGUUAUCCUUUUUCGAUCCCGACUUAGAAACUUACGUGGUAGCAGACGCUAGUCCUGUUGGGCUAGGCGCGGUAUUAUAUCAGAAAAGUCAAGAAGGAGUUGUCAACAUAAUCGCUUACGCAUCCAAAACACUAUCUGAAGUUGAACGUCGGUAUGCACAAACAGAACGCGAAGCUCUAGCGCUUGUCUGGGCACCUGAGAAAUUCCAUUUUUAUCUUUAUGGAAAAUUCUUUUGGCUAAUCACCGACCAUAAGCCACUUGUGACAAUAUUUGGUGAUAGAAUCAAGCCAUGCGCAAGGAUAGAACGGUGGAAAUUAAGGCUUAUGUCAUACGAUUAUCAAGUAAUUUAUCAGCCUGGCAAAUCUAACAUAGCUGAUCCAUUAUCGAGGCUCUGUCAGGAAGGAACUAUUUGCACUGAUAGUUAUGAUGAGGAAAGCGAAAGAAUUAUCAGGUUGUUGUCCAAUGAUGUAAAACCAACAGCUAUUACACUACAGGAAAUAAUUGAGGCGACUAAAAAUGACAUGGAACUAACAGAACUGAUGAAAUGGAUAUCAUACCCAACCAAGAGAUGGCCUAAGACAUUGAAUCGAUACAAGCUGAUAGUAAAUGAUCUUUCAUCAGAUGGUGAAUUGGUUUUGAAAAACAGAAAAAUUAUAAUUCCACGGAGUUUGCAAGCAAGAAUUUUACAACUCGCUCAUGAACCACAUUUGGGAAUCGAAGCAAUGAAAAAGCGACUCAGGGAAAAAGUAUGGUGGGUCAGAGUCGAUACCAUGGUAGAAGAAUAUGUUAAAUCAUGCAAUGGAUGCUUACUAGUCUCUGAACCCAUUACUCAACCCAUGACAAGGAUGCCUUUGCCCAGUGGACUUUGGAAGAAACUGGCGAUAGAUUUUACCGAUGUUGCAAAUGGAGUUCAUUUACUAGUCGUAGUUGAUUAUUUUUCAAGAUAUCCAGAAGUUGAAACUAUGACGACCACAACUGCUAAGAAUACUAUUUACAAAUUACGGAUAAUUUUUGCACGAUUUGGAUUUCCCGAAGAGUUGGUUUGUGAUAAUGGACCUCCAUUUACUUCGGAUGAGUUUGUUACAUUCUGUAAUAACAGUGGAAUAACUAUCAAGCAUUCCAUUCCUUAUGCACCAUUCCAAAAUGGUCUUGUUGAGCGAUACAACAGGACACUACUUAAAACCAUAAAAAUAAGCACGGCUAUGGGUCGUGAUUGGAAGUCUGAUUUGCAGGUGCUAUUGUAGUUAGAAAGGGUUUAAAAUGCAAACCAUUAGUACAACAUUUACUUUCAGGAUUUCCUUUUGGCAUACCGUAACACUCCUCAUUCAACUACAAAUGAAACUCCAGCAAAGCUUCUUUUUGGACGGAAUUUGAAAGAUAAACUACCGGAAAUAACGAAGCCCGAGUGCAAUGAGGGAAGUAAUCCAGUAAGAGAACUAGAUUUUUCCAGAAAGAAGAAGGGAAAGAUGUAUGUGGAUCAGAAGCGUAGAGCAAGAUUUUCGGAUAUCGAUGUCGGAGAUCAUGUUGUUGUGAAAAACUUCAUCAAGCGUAACAAACUUACAACGACCUUCAAUCCACAGCCCCAUGUUGUGCUUAAGAGAGAAGGAACACGUCUUACUUUAGAAAAUUUAUCUACCGGUGUCAAGUCAGAUAGACACGUUAAUCAUACUAAACAAAUCAUUUGCAGCAGCCCCUUCAAUCAGCCUUCCAACUUUACUGCUCCUAUUGACGAUAUUCUACCUCCGGAGAAGGAUACCAACGGAGGUUCGAAUCAAAUAGAAGAACACCAUGACGAGCCAAAUUGUUCAACGGAAUCCCGCAGCAAUAGAAAAAGUCGAAGACCUGAAUUUUUGAAAGAUUAUGUUCUGUAUAAUUUCAAACGCUGUAAUAAUUAAAACUACGAUAAUUUAUUUAUUUUAUUGUUAAAACAAAGGAGAGAUGUAGUAGGCGGUAGAAACAUACUUAUAAUCGUAGGAACCUUGAUUGUAUAAUAAAGACACUUUGAUACAAACCAUCAACCAGAACGGAAGUGUUUCAGUAAGAAUGCCUGAGAGCAACUUUGUCAAGUUUGUGUUUAUCGCAGAUCCGGUUGGCACAAGGCACGGACAUGGAAAGCGGUACUAAAACCGUGAUGCAACCAGCUGUUCACUGUAGUACCGUUUCCACCUUUCAAUCACUUUUUCUUCAUUCGUUAACGAUCCUCUUUCGUGAAUGUAGUUCUCCACGCUUUUAGUGAAUCCUUCCGCAUCAACAGUGAACAAUAGAGAGACGGAAAGCUGGACUUGUUCGGAUACAGAAAAACUGGCAUGGCUAAUUUAUCAAUUUUUCUUGCAUAAUACAAGCGUUUAUUUCUGAGAUGUUAUGCACUACCUAAAUUAUUACCCUUUUCAGCUUCGCGGUCCCUGUUUCUCUGCCAGAGAUUCGGGACGGAAGUCUUCAGCGUAACAUUAUCAGAUCAAUCGUAUGU